UUGCGGGUUUAAACCCCGCGUGUCUUGCAAUAAUGGCACAUCCCUCUCAACUAGGUUUUCAAGAUGCAGCUUCCCCUGUGAUAGAAGAACUUCUUCACUUCCACGACCACGCCUUAAUAAUUGUUUUCCUAAUUAGCACCCUCGUGCUUUAUAUUAUUGUGGCCAUAGUAACAACCAAACUGACUAACAAAUUUAUCCUUGACUCUCAAGAAAUCGAAAUCAUUUGAACCCUCCUCCCAGCUAUUAUUCUUAUUCUUAUUGCCCUCCCCUCCUUACGCAUUCUCUACCUUAUAGAUGAGAUCAAUGACCCGCAUCUUACAAUUAAAGCUAUAGGUCACCAAUGAUACUGAAGCUACGAGUAUACUGAUUAUGAGGACCUCGGCUUCGACUCGUAUAUAAUCCCCACACAAGACCUGGCCCCCGGCCAAUUUCGUCUUCUGGAAGCAGACCACCGAAUAGUAGUCCCAGUUGAAUCCCCCAUUCGAAUCCUAAUUUCUGCUGAAGACGUGCUUCACUCCUGAGCCGUCCCAAGUCUUGGAGUAAAAAUAGACGCCGUCCCAGGCCGCCUAAACCAAACAGCAUUCAUCGCAUCCCGCCCCGGGGUCUUUUAUGGCCAAUGCUCUGAAAUUUGUGGUGCUAACCACAGUUUUAUACCUAUUGUAGUAGAGGCAGUUCCAUUAGAACACUUUGAAAACUGAUCAUCCUUAAUACUUGAAGACGCUUCGCUAAGAAGCUAAAUAGGGAAUAGCGUUAGCCUUUUAAGCUAAAAACUGGUGACCCCCGCCCACCCCUAGCGAAAUGCCACAACUUAACCCCGCGCCUUGAUUUGCUAUUCUAGUCUUCUCCUGAUUAGUCUUUCUAACAGUCAUUCCCCCAAAAGUCCUAGCACACACUUUCCCAAACGACCCCACUCUUCAAAGCACAGAGAAACCCAAAACAGAGCCCUGAAGCUGACCAUGACAUUAAGCUUUUUUGACCAAUUUAUGAGCCCCACAUACCUGGGAAUCCCCUUAAUUGCUAUUGCGCUCAGCUUACCCUGAAUUUUCUACCCUAAGCCCACCCCCCGUUGACUAAACAACCGCCUCAUUACACUCCAGGGAUGAUUUAUUAACCGUUUUACCCAACAAAUCUUUCAACCCCUAAGCUUAGGGGGCCAUAAAUGAGCCGCCCUUCUCGCCUCCCUCAUACUCUUUCUCAUUACCUUAAACAUACUUGGACUUCUCCCCUACACCUUUACCCCUACAACACAACUCUCCCUUAACAUAGCCUUUGCCGUCCCCCUCUGACUUGCAACAGUCAUUAUUGGCAUGCGAAACCAACCCACCCAUGCCCUAGGACACUUAUUACCAGAAGGUACCCCUACCCUCCUAAUUCCCGUCCUAAUUAUUAUCGAGACAAUCAGCCUGUUUAUCCGCCCCCUUGCACUUGGGGUUCGGUUAACCGCAAACCUCACGGCUGGCCACCUUUUAAUUCAGCUCAUUGCCACCGCUGCUUUCGUCCUACUUCCCCUUAUACCUACAGUAGCAAUUCUUACCGCAGUAUUGCUAUUUCUCCUAACCCUUCUAGAAGUGGCAGUAGCCAUGAUUCAAGCCUAUGUCUUUGUUCUUCUCUUAAGCCUUUAUCUACAAGAAAACGUUUAAUGGCCCAUCAAGUACACGCAUAUCACAUAGUUGACCCCAGCCCAUGACCCCUAACAGGCGCAGUAGGCGCCCUUCUCCUGACAUCCGGCUUAGCAAUCUGAAUGCACUUCCAUGAUAUGACCCUAUUGGCCCUAGGCCUAAUUCUGCUCCUCCUAACUAUAUAUCAAUGAUGGCGAGAUAUCAUCCGAGAGGGAACAUUCCAAGGACACCACACCCCUCCUGUCCAAAAAGGCCUCCGGUACGGAAUAAUCCUCUUUAUUACCUCAGAAGUUUUCUUCUUCCUAGGCUUCUUCUGGGCCUUCUAUCACGCCAGCCUUGCCCCCACCCCUGAACUAGGAGGCUGCUGACCCCCCACAGGAAUUACCCCUCUAGACCCCUUCGAAGUACCACUACUUAACACAGCCGUCCUCCUAGCCUCAGGAGUAACAGUUACCUGAGCACACCACAGCAUCAUAGAAGGACAUCGAAAAGAAGCAAUCCAGUCCCUCGCCCUAACCAUUCUCCUAGGCUUCUAUUUCACCUUCCUUCAAGCCAUAGAGUACUACGAAGCCCCCUUUACAAUUGCAGACGGAGUAUAUGGCUCCACCUUCUUCGUAGCAACUGGUUUCCAUGGACUUCACGUAAUCAUUGGCUCUACCUUCUUGGCCAUCUGCCUUCUACGACAAGUCCUAUAUCAUUUUACAUCCGACCACCACUUUGGCUUUGAAGCAGCUGCCUGAUACUGACAUUUCGUAGACGUUGUUUGACUAUUCCUAUACAUCUCAAUUUACU